UUUAUCCCUGGCGUCUAUAAAUUAACUUCCUGCUAGCUUGUGUCCCACCAAAAAAAAAAAAAAAACCUUAGUAACAUUCAUGGCAUGACGCCACGACACAUACAAAGGUAAUAAAGAAGGGCCAUAAAGAUGAACUACGUACCGGGGACGGCCAGUCUCAUCGACGAGAUCGACAAAAAACACCUGGUUCUCCUCCGUGAUGGCAGAACACUGAUCGGGUACCUCAGAAGCAUCGACCAGUUCGCCAAUUUGGUUUUCCACCAGACAGUUGAACGCAUCCACGUGGGCAAGAAGUUUGGUGACAUUCCCAGAGGAAUCUUCAUUGUGAGAGGAGAAAAUGUGGUGCUUCUUGGCGAGAUUGAUGUAGAUAAGCAGUGUGACGCCAUCCUGCAGCAGGUUUCCAUUGAGGAGAUUCUGGAGGAGCAGCGAUUAAAACAGCAAACCAAACAGGAGACUGAGAAGGUCAAGAUGCAGGCUCUGAAAGACCGGGGCCUCUCUAUCCCCAAAGCGGAUAACUUGGAUGAAUAUUAACACUGUGCAAGUCCCAUGAGUUGCUUCAGUUUGUAUCAGACUGAUAUCUUAGUUGAAUUUGAGAAUGCAUGAUUUUAUGAGCACUGGCAGCAUUAUGCUUUGCCACCUUACUGUAGUGUACUGUAUGGAUUUGAUUUUUAUAAUUUGCUCUGUUUUGCAGGGCAAUGGUGGCGAAAUUGUUUUUUUUCUUGGAUCACUAUCAUAGAAUUUAUUUUACAGCAGCACUUUGUGUUACUCUAUUAUGCCAAGUGCUUUUAUUUGCAGAUGUCAAGGCCUGCUAUUGACGCAAAACAAAUGGCAGAGCUCCAUUAAAAUUUUAUUUUUUA